UCUUAGCAAUAAUGAGUCCAAAACAUGUCAUCUUCAAGAAAAUAUCCAAAGACAAGUCGGUGGGUGUGUACAUGGGUAAGAGGGACUUUGUUGACCGUGUUGACUCUGUGGAACCAGUAGAUGGCGUCCUUUUAAUUGACCCUGAACAGCUGAAGGGAAAGAAAGCGUACGUUACCUUAUCAUGCGCUUUUCGAUAUGGACCCGAUGACAUGGACGUGUUGGGCAUGUCGUUCAGGCGAGAGAUCUACCUGUGCACCAGACAGAUUUACCCACCACUGCAAGACAAAGAUCAGCGCAUUCUCACCAAAGUGCAGGACAAACUAGUGCGCAAACUGGGUGACAAUGCCUACCCGUUUUUCUUUGAAUUUCCAGAUAAUUUGCCUUGCUCUGUAGGAAUGCAGCCAGCUCCGACUGAUGUUGGAAAGCACUGUGCUGUUGAAUUUGAGAUAAAAGCCUUUUGUGCUGAGAGCCAGGAUGCCAAAGUUCGCAAAAGGAGCACAGUGCGUUUGAUGAUUCGCAAAGUCCAAUAUGCUCCAGAGCAACCAGGACCAGCACCUUGUGUCAAGACCACACGUGACUUUCUAAUGUCUGACAAGCCACUUCAUAUGGAGGCAAGCUUAGAGAAGCAGACAUACUAUCAUGGGGAACCUAUUAAUGUACUGGUAAAAAUCAAUAAUGACUCCAACAAAAAUGUGAGAAACAUCAUUAUAACAGUGGAACAAAUUGCAAAUGUGGUUCUGUACUCCAGUGACAGUUACUUGAAGGCAGUGGCUAUUGAGGAUUCUGGAGACUCAGUUGAAUCUGGUGCCCAAUUGAAGAAAGUCUACACUUUGCUCCCCCUACUGGCCAACAACCGAGAAAGGCGAGGAAUUGCACUUGAUGGAAAACUAAAGCAUGAAGACACCAAUCUAGCAUCUUCAAGCAUCAUUAAAGAAGGUGUGCUGAAGGAGGUUCUGGGUAUCCUGGUGUCUUACAGAAUUGUUGUGAAGCUUAUUGUUGGAGGGAUCAUAGGAUCCAGUGAGGUGGGGGUGGAGCUUCCUUUCCAACUUAUGCACCCGAAGCCUGAUACAGUGAAAGAAAGGUCAGUAGAAAGUUUCCCAUCUUGUCAUAAUGGUUAUACUAUGUACCUUAAAUUCAAAGAAUUAAUUGAACCAAGGAAAAGCCUUUGCUUAUUUUGCUCAAGUGUUUUCUAACCUGUAUGCUGUUACAUUUUCUGUGGACCACAAGAAUACAUAGUAUAUGGAAUACUAUUAUGGAGUUUUUUUCUUCUUUUGAAGCUUGAAAGUCCUUUAAAUCGUUAAAUCAAGAGCUGUGAUUCGAUUCCUGAAAAAUAGUUCCACGGAAAAAACAGUGUAUGGUUUAGAUCAAGUUUUAUAUUAUCAUGCUUAUGUGAUCUAUGGCUUUUAAUAGUGAACUCGGGGAUGAAAUGGUGUUUGAAGAGUUUAAACGUGCCUACUUGAAGGGCAUGAUUGAGGAUGAGGAUGAGGGGAACGUGUCACCUGGCGAGCAUUGAGGAGCGCAUGUAACAUCACUUUGCAGUAGUGCCAUUAAGGUUUUAGAUUUUAGAUAAUUGUUUAUAAAACAAUUUAGAAGUUUUCCAGAAAUGAGCAUUCCUCUGCUGCUUAAUCUCCAUCAGGAUGAUGGACAUAUCACAUAACAGAAUGAGUUGAUUGCUGCUUUUAAGUAUAUGGUGGGAGAUCUGUAGAUGUGUGCUUACUUUAGUGUCAUAUCUAUGAAAAUAAAGAAACUGCUGUGCUGGCGUUCAGUGGCUACACUUUUAAAAAUAAAGGUGCUUCACAAAGCCAUAGAAGAACCUUUUUGUCAAAAUGAUUCUUUAAAGCACUCUUUAACAUCUGAUUAACCUUUCUGUUUCACAAAAGAAAAAUUUAUUAAAGAAAUUAUUAUUAAAAUAUAAAAGAUGUCCAAGCUGUAUUUCUAUGCACACUUUUUUUGUAAUUUAUGGCUAAAAGGCAAAUCAGUAUUAUAGUUGAAUUAAAGUAUAAGUUACUGUCUGGAUAUGAAUUUAAAGAAUAAAGGAGCAAGAUUUCAUUUUACAGAAAAUCAGUGACAAGAUUACAAACGUUUGGAAUGUAUUAGUUUACUAUUUCAAUUUAAUAUUUUAUUAAAAUAAUAAUAACACAAUGACAAAUCUCU